AAUGAAUCAAAUAACGUUAUUUAAUAUUUGAGCCCUUUCAGUUUGUAUUAUAUCCAUUGUGUAUGUGUGUCUGUGUAAAACGGCGUCUUAAUGUGACAUGUAAAAUAUAAAAAGUUCAGAUUGAUUGAUGAUCGAUCCGGAUUUGAUUGCUUUCGCCUGCUCGCCGACGAUUCUUCUCUCGAUUGGCCGUGAUUGCUCGUUGAUCGACCAUGGCGGCAACUCAAGCGACAAAUCCAUCUCAGUUGCUCCCACUCGAGCUCGUGGACAAAUGCAUCGGCUCCCGGAUUCACAUCGUCAUGAAAACCGACAAAGAAAUCGUCGGUACCCUGCUGGGUUUCGAUGACUUUGUCAAUAUGGUCCUGGAGGAUGUGACAGAAUUUGAAAUCACACCAGAAGGAAGGAGGAUAACAAAACUGGACCAGAUCCUCCUCAAUGGCAACAACAUCACUAUGCUCAUACCUGGUGGAGAAGGUCCUGAAGUUUGAAUCACUGAGACAUUUUUUGUGUUUUGCUUUUCCUACACUGUGUUUCCUAGUUAUUAAUUAUGUUGUUAUUGGCCUUCCCUCUUGAUCUUUAGGAAGGAAAAUAUUUUUGUAAUAAGAUUGCUAAUUUAGUGUUUAAAAACAUUGAAAAAAAAAGUUUUGUUACAAAUAAAUUUGAAUCUCACACCA